CCUUCAUCCAUUAUAUUUUCUAAGCUAUGGAUUACAGUGCCUUUGCCUUUUUCCGGUCAUAUUUUCAUCCCCUUUGGAUUUCAUUCCUUAUUGCAACUUGUGGCUUUUUUAUUAUUAAAACCCUAAGAUAUCACUUGAUGAGUGUGAAGUCCAAAAUAGCAAAAUUACCCCCAGGUCCCAAACCAUGGCCUAUAGUUGGUAAUCUUCCUGAAAUGAUUGCAAAUAAUCCUGCACCUAUGUGGAUAUUCAAAGUGAUGGAAGAUUUGAACACCGAAAUAGCAUGUAUCCGUCUAGGAAAUGUCCAUAUUAUUCCGGUAACAUGUCCUACCAUUGCUCGUGAAAUCUUGAGAAAACAUGAUGCUGAUUUUGCAUCAAGACCAACAACCAUGGCCAGUGGUAUAAUCUCCAGUGGCUACUUGACCUCUGCUAUUGCACCCUUUGGCGAACAAUGGAAAAAGAUGAAGAAAAUCAUUGUUAACGAUUUGUUGUCUCCACAAAGAUAUCGAUGGCUUCAAGACAAAAGGAACGAAGAAGCCGAUAAUCUUAUCUUUUAUGUAUACAACAAAUGCAACAAUGGUGAUCUUGUGAGUGUUAGACUUGCUUCACAACAUUAUUGCGGUAAUGUGUAUAGGAAAAUGUAUUUUAAUACAAGGUACUUUGGAAAGGGUAUGAAGGAUGGAGGGCCUGGUCUUGAGGAAAUUGAGCAUGUUGAUGCUGCUUUUACAUUGCUCAAGUAUAUUUAUGCUUUCUCUGCAUCUGAUUAUAUGCCAUGCUUGAGGCUGCUUGACUUAGAUGGUCACAAGGGCAAAAUAAAAAACGCAAUGAAAAUAAUGAACAAGUAUCACGAUUCUAUCAUUGAAGAGAGAAUCAAGCAGUGGAAUGAUGGAUCAAAGACGGUUGAAGAAGACUUGCUAGAUGUUCUGAUCUCACUUAAAGAUGUUAAUAAUAAUCCGGUAUUGACAAAGAAGGAAAUCAAGGCACAACUUAUUGAAUUGAUGAUAGCAACGAUAGACAAUCCAUCAAACCUAGUUGAAUGGAUAUUGGCCGAAAUGUUAAAUCAACCAGAAUUAUUUCAACAAGCCACAAAUGAAUUGGACAAAAUAGUGGGCAAAGAUAGAUUGGUCCAAGAAUCAGAUAUUCCUAAUCUCAACUUCUUGAAGGCUUGUGCAAGAGAAGCUCUCCGCCUCUACCCCAUGGCUCCUUUCAAUAUUCCUCAUGUCUCUCUUAAUGACACAGUGGUUGGAAACUACUUUAUACCAAAGGGUAGCCAUGUAUUGAUUAAAAGAAGUGGGAGAAAUCCAUUACUUUGGGAUGAACCACAUAAGUUCAAACCAGAACGCCAUUUCAAGAAUGGUGAGUCCAAUAUAGUUUUGACAGAGCCAGGUUUGAAGUUCAUAUCCUUUAGCACUGGAAUGCGUAGUUGUCCUGGUGUCAAGCUUGGCACCACAAUGACUGUUUUACUAUUGGCUAGGUUGCUCCAUGGCUUCACUUGGAGUAUACCUCCCACUACAUCAAGCAUCAGUCUUGAAAAGUCUAAAGAUGAUAUGUUUCUUGCUGAGCCAUUGGUGGUUGUUGCAAAACCAAGAUUACCAACAGAAUUGUAUAACUUUUCAACUAAGUGAAAAUAUGAAAGCAUUUGUUAACCCGUUUGAAUUGGUCUGGUGAUAUUGACUUGGGACCUGAGAGUGUGCUCCUUCUCAAUGUUUCAAGUUCGAUUCUUCUCGGUGCCAAUUUGGAUGGGCUAAUUUAGCUUCUAAAAAAAAUAAUGCAUUUAUUUCACUUAUGAUAUAACAAUGCCAUAUAGGUUAUUUUCUACCUCAUUUGACAAUUAUAUAUGUUCUCACAAUAGAAGUUAUUUAAAUAAGAAGACUUGAGUCUCUUUAGGGAUUUGGUGGUCUGUCUUGUACCCAUUUGCUUGUAUAUAAAGUUCAUGUACUUUCCUGUUCUACUCA